CAUAGCGCAUAGCGGGCAGCGGCACUUGGCGGUUGAACGUUGCGUUAUCUCUAAUGUAAACGUAUUUUCAUUUUCAUUCCAAAUUUAAAAGUAUUAGAAAUGUGUAUAUUAUUUACUGUGCCUUAAACUAUUUUAUUAUUUAAUAAGAAAUGUAAUAUAAUAAAAAUUUUGUCUGCUUCAGAGUGCACAAAUAGUUCCAAGAAAUAAGUAAAAAAGCUAUGGCUACAGAUAGAGAAGAUGAGGGCUUUGAGGCCUUACUAAAGCCCAUUCAAGACUUAACAAGAAAUUGGGAAUUUGACCUUUCAUUGCAUUUGGAAGAAUACAUGAAUUACAUUCGUCAAAUGUAUGGUGACAACAUUCCUGAUAUGAACUUUGCUCAGGCUGCAGUUCUCGUUCAAAAUUCAGCCAAUAUCUACAGCAAGAAAGUGGAUUUCCUCUUCACAACAGUGUUGCAGCUGCUUGACACGCUCAGUAAAAAACAGCGCAUGCUCGGCAUUCAACCAGAGCAGGGCAGUCCCCGGAAAUGGGGUAGUAGGAAAGAGGCCAAAAACCAAGAGAACCAAGACGAUGAUGCAGGUCAGCCUAAUGAACGACGGAGAAAACCGGCAGCUGUUCUAGAAACAGAAGAAUUUGUUUAUUUUGAUGAACUGUGUUCAGAUCGAGUCACAUCAUCCAAUUUAGAUAAAGAAAAAGCUAAAGUUACAAAAAGGCCCAAACAGAAGAUUGUUCUAAAUGCUGCAAUAAAAGUUAAAGCCAAAGAAAAAACCUCAUGUAACGUUUACCAUUGUGGACAUGAUGUGAUGGGAAAGAAAGAAGAAUUCAGGUUACACUGGAGAAUAUGUUCUGCUGGAACAUUACAUGAAGAAUUUGUCAUCAAAAAGAGCAGAUUCAAAUCAAUGGACCCUCUGGAAAUCACGGUGUGUGUACCCACGGCCCUUGAUGAAUCUCACCACGACUAUGAUGCUCCCUGUUCCCCUCUCAGUGAUGGAGGCCUUCCCAUACCUGAUGAAGCGGAACCUGUUCCUCCCCUGGUUUCAACGCUCUUCCCUGCUGGUCCUAUUGAAAGAGAGAGUGAGGAGGGUAAAGGCCUUGCUAGCGGCAAGUUAAGGAAAGAAGCAGAAAAAAUAAUGGAUGUUAAUAUACUUGACUGGGCUCCAAACGACUUUAAUGCUAAUACUGUCACGGAGAAACCAAUAAAAAAAAGAAAAGUUGUAAAACUACCACCAGGACUUGAUGAUGAAAAGAAAAGAAAGCAUUUUCAAGAAAACUUGGUAUUCUCAUUCACCAUCACAGAUGUGUUUGUAAAAAAAUGUAAAAAUACCAGUCUUGGACGUGAUUUAGAGUUGUAUUGCCAAAACAAAGUUGCUGCUCAACAAAAAAGGCAACUUCUUCAACAACAUCGCGCCAAGUAUCAAGCAUAUAUGGAGCGAGAAGCAGGCAUUGAUCAAGUUGAAGAUUUUCAUGGAUUUUAUAAUGAAGAACAGGACAGUGACAAUGAGCAUGAUUUUGAAGGGUUUGAUGGUCCCCAUGAUGAUGAUGAUUGUGGCCCUGAAGUUGAUAUUCCUCCACCUGAUAAAGAUAAUAUUAUGGAACCUCUUUCAACUGACCCUGGUUGGAAGGGAGAUGAUGUUAACACAUACGACAACGAGGCAUUGAGAACACUAGAAGCAUACAGAUCGAGGAAGAUUGAUCAUGGCAGAAUAACAGACAUGGCAAGAAGGGUUGAAGAAUGGCAUCAAAAAAUAACACCAAAACUGAUGGCAGCAGAAGAAAGAAGUAGUUUUGACAUUCAUGCCUAUGGGGGUAAAGUGCUUGAAUCAUUCUCUGAGGAAAUAGGAAGUAUUAAGCCUUUUGAGGAUAUUGUAGCCGGGCAGCCUAGAGAAGAAGUGGCAAGGUAUUUCCUGGCUACCUUAGUUUUGGCUAACCAAUAUAAUGUAGAGAUUACUGAAACACAACCAGGAGACUUAAAUGUGGACUGUGUACAAUUAAAACUUCUCAGUGUGGUCCGGCACCACGAAGAGUUGGAUGACAACAUGAGGCAAACUUCAGACAAAUGAGACAAUUAAUAUGGUCUGUCAAAAUAGAAUGAAUUUACUAAAUCUGGUUUUAAAAAUAGAUAUUGUCACACUUGUAUUAAAAGAGUGGCUACCCGACCAUCUAAAUCGGGAAACCAAGAAUAAGCCGAACAUUUUGUAUAGCUUGGAAAAUCUCAAAAAUAAUUUUUUUCCUUCACAGAAUUUAUGAAAGUGAAGAAUAUUUUAAACAGCUUUUAGAAUUGGGAGCUGAUAUUUCAUUCAUUGCCUUUUGUGCAACCUUUCAUCGGUGAAACUAGAUAGUCAACAUUUGGGCAGUGUUGCUGAAUGGAUUACAGAGAGCAUCAAUAACGUCUGAUUGUGUGAUUUGUUUAAAGAUAUGUUCAUCUAUGUUAAUAAUUAACACAUUAUAAGAGCAACUGUGAUAGGUAUCAGUACCUAUCUCUUUUCCAGAAUAUAAAUUCACCUCUCUUUGGUAAUUUCCACAGCAGACUGCAUGCUAUGGAAAUUAUUGAUGGAAGUGCUAUGGAGGUAUCAGUUGUUAGUGUAACACAAUUUACAUAUAUGGUUAGAGAUUAUAUUUGUUUUUGCCCACAGCACUUCUGUGGUAGCUAAAAUAGUUGCCUCUUAUAAUAAAAGGAGAUUACUUAUAAAGAUAAUAAUAUUUGUUUUGCAGUUAGUGAAUUUAACCUUUUAUCAGAAUUUCUUAGUUAUAGCUAAUCCACAAAUUUUCAAUCCAUCAGAAGUUACACAAUUAAUUACUGCAAAAAAUACGUAGAUAACCACAGCUAGGAAUAUUGUCAUUUUGUAAAUUAUAUCUAGCUUUAAUGUUCAUCUAUUCUUCAUGUAUGUUUGUGCAUCACCACACAUCCAUGUGCAUAUGAAAGCUUCUAAGUGAAGUCCGAUGUACAAACAUAUCAUAGUCUUGAAUGAUGUUUAUAAUAAUUGUAACUUAUUCUUAGCAAACUGAAAUUGCCAGGACAUUUUAUGUUUUGUGAACAAUAUAUGUGAAUAUUCCUAAGGUCCUGAAUGACUGCAACAGUCACAAGUAUCAGGUAUGAUACACACAUUAUUUUGUAGGUCUAGAGAACAUGAUGGAAGUUGUUCUUUGAAGAGCUUGUCUACAGGCUUCAUCCAUAUAGAAUGUUUGAUUUGAAAACACAGUUCCCUCUUCAGGGCAAAAAGAGCUGACCUGAAUUUUGUGCAGAGUGCAUCAAUAUGUGGGUUUUCAAGUUAUCCAUAAUCAAACGUAACUCAAAUGCUCUAUAGCCUCUAAUCUUGUAAGAUUUGGCAGGCCUGAAAUGUGAUCCUUCCAUCUCCGAAAGGUGAACACACCCACCUGGACAGUGUUAAAGAUGCAAUACUGCCAAACCAUGCUGCCUGCAAUAAAGGUGUUAAUUUAAAGUGGUUUUUUUUUUGUUUUUCUGCAUUGUAUCAAGAUGUAACUGUGGUAAGAAUUUUAUGAAUGGACAAACAAAACAAAACCCAGGACUGAGCCUUGCGGAACAUCCUUUUUAAAUACUCAUUAGUCCAGGUAUUCCCUUCAAAUUGCUUUAAAAACCUUUUAAGACCAUAUCUCCUAGCCCCAGAGCUUGUAAUUAAAAUAGUAUAAGACUGUGAUGUAGGCUAGCUUUACUGACGUUGAUCUUAGAUAGUAAGUCAUUGCUCUUGAAAAGACAAAGCAGCCAUAUAAGAACUAUUUUUCUAUAACUUUACAUACAACUGGAACUAAAGAAAUAUGUCUAUAAUUUGUUAAAUUCCCUUUUGCUACUUUCUUUAUGCAAUGGAUUCUUCUUUGAAGCUAAGUUUAGUGGAAAUGUUCCCCCGUUAAAAAAUAUUUGACUUUUGCAUAAUUGAACACUUUUUAAUUUAUAUUUAUUCUAUGUUCCUAGGUUGUUGCUGGCACCUACCAAAGUUGCUCUUGGAAUGCUGUUUUCAAAAAUAUUUUUUUAACAUAUUGAAUGUUCAGACAUUUGCCGUUUUAUUCAUUUUCCCUGAUACACUUACAUUAAUUAUAAUCAAAGUAGUUGACAACCCCCUUUUACUUUAUUAGCAUCUUAUUUUAAUAUUUCAGUUUAUAAAUGCUGGACAUUGAUUUAAUUAGAUAAACCAUUGAUAUCAGUUUUUUUUUUUUUAUAUAACACAAAAACAUAUAUAAACAAUGGUUUUAAAAUGAAUAAGUUAUGUAACUGGAAAUAUAAUGCAAGUCAUAAAAUGCUUAGGUUUUUGUUUCCCAUAUAAACAAAAAACAAUAAUAAUCAGUGACAGUUCAAUAUUUUGAUUUAAAUAGUAUCUUGGGAAUGGUUGGUCUUAGGAUGGUGCAAUAGAUUAAAAAUGCAUUCUUGUUGCUUCAAGUUAUAGCAUUCAAUAUUAUUCAUCCAUAAAGUUGAAAGUGAAAUUUGGGUAAACGUUUCGUUGUUCAAGCCUUUUUCUACCAGAUCUUGAGUACUGGCAAAAUUAUAGUCAUAUAAAAAUAAUUUUCAGUCCACCGCAAAUAUAUAUUUUACCUCGCGAACAUUUAACAUGCAAUAUUGGACUGCCAUAUGCCUUGCAGUUGGGCAGAAGUACCAUAUUGGUUUGAUCUCUUUAUAUUUUCCAGUAAUAUAUUGUCUAAACGUAACAGAAUGGUAAAGGAUGAAUAUUUUGUAUACACAGUGUUAAAAGUUGAAACAUUGAAAGACAAAAAGAUUUAAAGGUAUAAUACAGCUAAAAUUGGUGGUAGUGAAUUUUCACUGUGGCAUCUCAUAUGCACAGCUAGUAAUAUAAGUCACUGUGACACUAAAAGGAUUAAAUACAGCAUUAAAGUUGCUUGUAUUUUAUUUAAAUACCAACUAGGGAAUUAGAAUUUUUUUAACUAGGAAAACCGUAGAACAAUAGCAUGUAAAAUGGUUUAGAGUGGACACUCUGAUUAAUAAAAUAUUGACAAGACAUAUAAAAAUAAAUAGAUUUCUUCAUCAAAGCUCACUGUUGUGUAAUGUCUCUAACACUGUUGGUAUGCCCAUCCUUAUGUGUUCAUUACUUGUCUAAAAAAAUUGUUUUUGUUUAUUUUAGGUGAAAUUGUCUUAAGACUAUUGUCCUCAUAAGUAUGUCAAGUUAUUGUUAAUAAAUAUACAUUCAUUUAAUCAAUGUUGGCAGUGCUCUUCAGUGCAUUUCAUUGGUGAACAAAGUAUAGUUUAGCCUUAGCAAAGUAACAUGGUGUUGUUAACAAUCAAAUUGAACAUUUAUCUUUUCUCCUAGUGAUCUUACAAAGUAAAUAAUGAAAAAAGUAAAACAUCAUAAAUGAUUAUAAUUUUUUAGAAGUUUUACCUGUCCUUAAACAAUAGUAAUGUUCUCAAAUGUAUAGCCACUCUCGUAAGAGAGGCUCAAAGACAAAAGUAUUUGAUAUCAAGUACUCCAGAUUUUAGUCACAUAACACUCUUUAAUAUAAAUUUUAAAUAUGUUGACUUGUACAUAUGCCUUAUUAGUAUUUAUUUGUAAUGUAUAUAUUUAUAGCUUUUAAAAUAAAAUAGGUAAAUAUAUUUUUACUUUUGUA